AUGCAGCAAGUCCGGCCUGGCCCCAGUGCGUCGCAUCUUCCUGUGCGCGUCGUGACCUUCAACAAGGUCUCGAUCGUCUUCUCGAGUCUCUUCCUACUCAACCUCGCCUCCAUGCCGCUCAAGGCGUAUUUGACCGAGCCAUUUCCGUGGCAGCCUCGUUCGAAGCCCUCCAUUGGCGUUAUCCCAGGCGCCAACGAGACGUUUGCUACCUUUGAAGAGCGCGCGCUUGCCUUCUACACGACUCGGUACACUUCGGGUGCGCACUGGAACCGGUCCGACUACUUUUACGACGCGGCAGAAGACGUCGAUGUUCUCUGUGGUCCGCUGCAGCGCACGACGGACGCGUUCUUUACAUAUGCCAAACUGCCCGGUGCUGUCCUCUACUCGAACCGAGCGCGGCUGUGGCUCCGGGAGGCUAGCGUUGGAAAACGAAAUACCUCUGACACCGCACUCGUUCAGCUUGGCACGCGCUUUGGCUUCCCAUCGUUCAUGGCUGCCAUUUGGAUCGACGCACAGGACACCGUGUUUUUUGCCGCGCAUCUGAGCCGCGGCUCUGCACUGUGGUUCUACGUCAAGUUUGUUAUUCGAUUUGGCAUGACGCUUCGUAUUCUGUACCUUCUCUGGACGACGUACUAUGUCCAUUAUCGAUCCUUGGUGGUUCAGCUGCAGCACUAUGGCACAUGUGGCGAGAACGAGCGAUUGGAGAUUAUCGUCGGCGACCCAACGUGCCUCAUUCUCCAAAACACGUGGAUUUGCCUCUUGUUUGCAGUCGAUUUCUGGUGCAGUUCCGAUGUUGUGGACCGAAGCGUGUUGCAACUGAGUCAGUCACUCGACUCUUGGACGGUGGUCUUUGCGACCUUGUAUCUCUCGCGAACUGUCUGGUUUGGGUACCUCGUGCUCAAUCUGAGCGGCUAUGUCUUGCGUCGAUGUGGGCUUGAAUUCCAUUGUGCCCAAGCCGACCCGACCAGCGUUGCGAUUGGCGUAACACUGGUCGUUGGGCCGCUGACGUACUACCAGCUUCGGCAGUCGCUCUUCAUCGACAUGUACCAUGCCCUUUUUACCUUGCUGUUGCCGUCUAGUGACUCGUUCAAUGCCAUCGAGGGUGCGCUGCCAGCGAGCGUCUACAGCCUCCUUCUCGGCGCGCUCCCAUUGACCUACAGCUUUACCUUCCCCGCUCUUGAACGCGUGCUGCGCCGAAGUCGCCGCCGUGUAUGGGUGCAGAGCACGCUCGCAAGGGUUGGCUCCUCCACGCGGCGUCUCUCCCGCGCUUUUUCUCGCUCAUCGUUGACGCUCCGUGCGAUUGACGGAGGCGCGUUUGCUCGUUUGAGCUACAACGAUUGGAAGCACCGAUUGCUUCUGAGCCUUGUCUUUGGCGGCUGCUGGAGACGCAAGAAAGAGCGCCUUCCGAAGAUCUUCAAAGGCGGAUCGAUCUACAAGCUCUUUACGAUCCACCGCAAUCUCCAGCGCAACGCGGCGUUCAGUUUUCGCGGCAGCGACUGCUACGUGCUCUCGCACACAUCCAACGGUGUCAUUUCCCACCGCCUCAGCUUGAGCGACGCAAUGUAUCUCAAGCACCGUACGGACGUUGUUCUCGGUCUCUGUCCUGGUGCAGCGUUCGGACGACUGGUUCAAGAAGCGAAUGGCACGAUUGGCGUCCACUUUGGUGAAGGGCGCUCGCGCUGGCUUUUAUGA